UUGAUGAUUGAAGAAGCUUUUUUUUUUUUUUUUUUUCUCAACCCUUUUUAAGACCUCUUUUUCUAUCUGUAUUCCUCUCUCUUUAUUGACUUCGUUACCUUUUCUUUUUCCAAACAAAUGUUGAAGUUGAAAUUCUCAGCUGAUUCUACACCCAACUUGAGGUUGAGCUGAUUCCUUUGUUUUUGCCCUUUCACAGAAUAUUUGGGGUUUUGCUCAAUUCAGCUAUAGAUUUUUCUAUAAUAGGGUUUAAUUAUUUGUUUCAUCUAGAAUCAUCUACCAAACUAUACGACCCUUCAUCUUCUUGUUUCCUUUUUUUUUUUUUAUGGAAAAUUUUGGUUCCUCUGUUUCAUACCAGAAAUUACUAGAGAAAUCGACUGAUCGUUUUAUCUGCUGAUUAUAAAACCAGGAUACGAGAAAAUUUUAGGAUAUGGGAUGCUUUGUUUCGACGCCGCAAGAUACUGGUGGGAAUAGAAGACGGCCGGGAAACAUUGGCGAUGUGUCUGUAUUUGUUCCUGGAUUACGUAUUCCUAAGCCGGUUGAUUUCUCUCUUGCAUUUGGUGAUAAGUUGUCGAAAACCCUGGUGGAGCGCCUUUCUGCUCUCAGAACCAGAAUAGUUGUUAUGGCAGGGCAAGAAGCUCCCACAAUUACAAGGACAAGAAGGAAAACUGCUACUCAGCAUGGAGGUUCAACCCUUGGAGAUCUUUUGCAAGCUCUCGAAGACUAUUUGCCUGUUCUUUUGGGGCUAGUUAAAGAUGGGAGUCCAUUACAACAUAAAGUGCAGUUUAUUUGGGUCAAUCAAGAGGAUGAUGCAGAGGAAACUGCAAUGUUUAGUGCUUGGUAUGAAGUACUGUCCGUUUUGCACUUGAUGGCAACACUGUCGUUAUCGCAAGCUAACUUGCUGCUUCUUCCUAGAACAUCUCUCGAUGGUUAUUCACCAAAGGUAUCUGAAGAGAGCAGGCGAUCUUCUGUUGAUGUUUUUCUAAAGGCUGCUGGAUAUCUCGAUUGUGCGGUUCGAAACGUUCUUCCCCAGUUGCCUGCUGAACAAAGGAGAAAUCUGCCAGUAGACCUAGCUGAAGGAGUUCUGCGAGCGUUGUGCCUCCAAGCAUUAGGGCAGGCUGUUGAUAUUCAGCUUGGGCUUGCAAUUGACAGUACUAAAGCAACACUGGCUGUCAAAAGAAGGCUUGCAUGCGAGAUGGUAAAAUACUGGCAGCAGGCUCAAGAUAACAUCAUGAACCUUCCGUUAUCAAAUGGUUGGGGAGAAAAGCAUAGGCUUUUCGUGAAGUGGAAAUAUAUUGAAGCCAAGGCUUCAGCAUACUAUUAUCAUGGUCUAAUCCUUGAUGAAGGAAACACAGAAAAAUCUCAUGGAAUGGCUGUAGCUGCCCUGCAAGCAGCAGAUGAAUAUCUAAAAGAAAGUAAGAAGGCGUGCGAAGCUUUCAACGCAGCCAUUCCUCUCUCCAGAAAUCCUCCACUCUGGGGGACGAUGAAGUAUCUCGCCGAGAAAAUUCCAAAGGACACUUCGAGCAAGGUGCGAAUCAACAGGGACUUGUACUCUUAUGAAAAAAUCAUGGAGACAGCCCCAACACUGCCAGACUUUGCAUUGGCUCUCAAACCUGAUGAAUAUCAGCUUCCUCAUGUGGAUGCAUCUUGGGAUGAUGAAACUACAGGCAGGGGACAGAUUAACCUAAACAAGCUCAAAGGGUGACUUAUUUGAUUCAUCAGAUUUCAGAAUCUGGAAAAUCCAGGCUGGUCGAAAGUGCAGGAUGAUGGUAGUCACAUCCCCAUGGUAUCGGACUCUUGCUGUUCACUGAAGGCCCCUCUUUGCUGCACCUCUAGUUGAAUCCGAUCCCUAUUUCUCCAGUAAAUUAAAUCUUUAUUUCUUUUUUUUCCUAUCAGAUGUAUAGUCAACCCUGUGAGUGAGUACUGUACAAGUUGCAUUUGUUUGUAAUCUACAGGAAAAGGAAUGUAUUUCUUUGCCAGGCUACCAAAUAAUUUGUACUGCCUCUUGUCCAGCAACCUGAACCCAGAACAAGCUUUUCUUGAAGUGCUGAUUGUUUGUAAGACGGACAAAUCUCAGGGAAGAAUGUUAUAAGUUCUACAAUUUGUGUCUGAAGCUUAUUUGUAGAAGAACCAAUCUGUAUCUGUAUUUUUCGUUCAGUUUCAGUUACUAAGUGUAUAAAAUGCAACACUAUUCAAAUGUUAGAUUUCUUUGGCAA